AUGCGCGCGCUCCGGCCGCCACCGCCGCCGGGCGGUUCGCCGGCACCUGCACCAUCUCCGUCCCCGUACCAGUCCCCAACGCCGUCCCCGCCAGCGGCGUUUCAGGGUGGUCUCAUCAGCUCGCCGCCUUCUCCCUCUGCCGUCGGGUCGCCGGGACCUGCUCCCGUGCCUGCACCGGCGCCGGAGCCCAAUGCGGUGCUGGCGUUCACGGGCGCGCGGCGAGGCGGGGGAGGCGGCAUGAGCCCGCCGCUCAUCGCGAUGCUGGCGGUGGUCGGGGCGGCGCUGCUGGUGGUGCUGUACGCGCGGCUGGCCAGGCGCGUGGUCCGGACCGUCCGGCGGCGGUGGCGCGGCUGGCGACGGCGGCGGCGGCUGCUGCUCAUCACGCUGACGGGCGGCAGCGGCUCGUCCCCGGCGAACGACUCCUUCGCGUCCUUCACCACCUACGACAACUUCUACCACACCUUCUCGCCCUACGGCCUGGACGACGCGGCCAUCAAGUCGCUGCCCUCGGCGCAGUUCCUCUCGGCGGCGCGCGCGAGCGCCGGCGCCGGCGCCCGCGACUGCGCCGUGUGCCUGCUGGAGUUCGCGGACGGCGACGAGCUGCGCGCGCUCCCGCUCUGCGCGCACGCGUUCCACGCCGACUGCAUCGACGUCUGGCUCCGCGCGCACGCCUCCUGCCCGCUCUGCCGCGCCGCCGUCGCGCUCCCGGCCCCCGUCGCCUCGUCCCCGCUCCGCUCCGCGCGCCGCGUGCGCCCCAGCCUCGACGACCUCCUCUUCUUCCACCCCGUCCCGCCGCCGCCGCCACCCGCCCCCGACGCGCUGCCGGAGAUCACGCCGGCCAGCCCCGAUCGGCAGCUCAACCCGAGGGACUUCCUCCUCAAGCGCUCCUACUCCUUCGGCUUCGAACGGCACAUCGCCACGGAGGCCGCGUCCACGGCUUCCCCUACCUGGCGCUACCGCUUGGGUGCCGGCGGCGGCGGAGACGGCGCCAGCGGCCGGGGACGAAGCUUCUGGAGCAAGCGCUGGCCAUCCCCAUUCGGCGGCGCGGCCGCGGCCCGUGUAUUCUCGUUCCGCUCCGCCGCCGCCGCCAAGUCCUCGCCCUUCGCCCGCCGCCGCGCCGCCGCCCCCGCUGGAGGUUCCGGAUUCUUCAUGUCCCUCGGCCUCUCCUCCGAGCCCCCGAACAUCCUCGUCGCGGGGAGACGGAGCAACCGCGCGUCCAGCCGGCUCCGGUGCGGGGACCCCGAGGCGCUGCUCUCGCCGGACCGCCUCAGCCGCUGA